UUGGCUGCUUUCCUUCACUCGCCCUCUUAGCCACGCCCCCUGUUGACAGUGGUGCCCGGGCGGCCGCAGUUGGCAGAACGCUGUGGGCAGUGGGCACCGGGCUGGCUGGGAGCCGUUGGUUAGUGACGCAGCUACCGUUACGCCGUUAGCCUCUGAGCAUCCGGGAGGAGAACGGUCACUUGGGAAAAGUCGGACAUGAUUCAGGACAGCAGCCUUGCACCUCAGAAUUUUCUCGGGAUAACGGCAGUUCCUUGAAAGUGUUGCGUUGGUCUGCGUCUUGCCAAAGGAUGGCUGGGAGAGCCCGCAGGGAAGAUGACGAGGAGGAUGGUCAGUUUGCAGAACAUGAUUAUGAUAUCUCAAUUCAUAAGGGGCCAAAGAAAGUAUGGAGCAAAUUAAGAUGGACAAAAGAUGAGGAUGACAAGCUGAAGAAGCUGGUUGAAACACAUGGAGAAGACUGGGGUGUGGUCGCUCGACACUUUAUUAACCGGUCAGAAGUACAGUGCCAGCAUCGCUGGCAGAAAGUUUUGAAUCCUGAACUGGUCAAAGGACCAUGGACCAAAGAGGAGGAUCAAAGGGUCAUUGAUUUAGUUCAUAAAUAUGGCCCGAAGAGAUGGUCUAUAAUUGCCAAGCAUUUAAAAGGGAGAAUCGGAAAGCAGUGCAGGGAGAGAUGGCAUAAUCACUUAAACCCUGAUGUCAAAAAGUCCUCCUGGACAGAAGAAGAGGACCGCAUCAUAUAUAAUGCCCACAAGCGCUUGGGGAACAGAUGGGCAGAAAUUGCCAAGCUACUUCCCGGGAGGACUGAUAAUUCAAUAAAGAAUCAUUGGAAUUCUACCAUGAAACGAAAGGUGGAGCAAGAGGGCUAUUUACAGGAUUUAAUGAACUGUGAUCGACUGUCUAAAAUCCAGGGCAAACCCUGCACUGCACUUAAUCACUUGCAAGCGCAGAGCCAGUAUUACAUUUCAGCCCAGGCACAAAUUCCAAGAUAUACUUCUGUGUCCCAUGGUGACAGCUGCAUAGAAAUUCAAAAAUCCUUUUCUUUUAUCCAGCAGCCCUUUGUUGAUGAGGAUGACCCGGAUAAGGAAAAGAGAAUAAAGGAGCUUGAGUUGUUGCUUAUGUCAGCUGAGAAUGAAGUCAGAAGAAAGCGGGUACCAUCUCCAAGUUCCUCAAGCUGGAUAGACAGUUUUAGUGUGGAGGAGAGCAUGUCCAAUACAGUGACCCACUUAGAAGAACAAACAUAUAGCCUAGAUGAAAUACCCAUAACCUCUGGACAGCAAAGUGUUAAGGAGAAGAUUUUGGCUCCAGAAGCAAACAUAGUACUGCAGCCUUUGGGGACAAUACCAGAAUUUUCAGAAACCUUAGAGCUGAUCGAUGUGGAUUCUGUAGAUUGGAAUAACUUUGAAAACUGUGAGUUGCCCUUUUUUUUGGCUUCCCCUGCCAAAAGCACACCAUUAAAAUGGAUUCAGGUUCAGCAUGGGAACUCUCCGGAUUGGGCUCUUAACUCUUGUCUGGGGCAGGCUGAUGGAAGGUGUUCAGCGAGCAGAGUGCUCUCCUCAUCUCCUGCUAUGCCAAAGUUUUACUCACCUCCGGCAAUUCUAAGGAAGAAGAAAUUACACCCUGAUUUGUCACUUACUCCAGAAGCACGGGAUGCCGGAAAUGUAGUUCUUAAAGGGACACCAGUAAAAAAACUUCCGUAUUCUCCCUCUCAGUUGUUAAAUGUUUGCUCUGGAACAUUUGAACAUUUGAAUCAUGAGAACUUACCUCUCACCUCCACGCCAAUAUGUGGGCAGAAGAUCCUUGCAACGCCCCUAAAGAAGCAAGUGACUCCUAAAAAAGAUAAAGAAAAUGCUGGCUUUAGAACACCUACUAUAAGAAGAUCUCUACUGGCUAUGACUCCUAGAACACCGACACCAUUUAAAAAUGCUCUUGCUGCCCAGGAAAAGAAAUAUGGCCCUCUCAGAGCUGUGAUGCAACCUCUAGUCUUUGUUGAAGAAGAUAUCAUGGAGGUUUUGAAGGAAGAGACUGGAAAAGAUGUCUUCAUAAAAGAAAAAAGGGCAUCUGAUUGUAAACCAAAUAAACAAGAGCAUAUUUCUACUGUGAGGAAAGUUCGCAAAUCAUUGAUCCUUGACAGCUGGGAUAAAGAGGAACUUGGUACAGAUUAUUUGGCUCCAGAUGAGGUUUCUGAAUCACAGAAUGGGAAUACACUUCCUACGUCUUUCCUAAUGAUACCUUUGGGGGAGAGACAAGACCGAAAGUGCAAUGUGAGCACUGAAACUCAAAAAGGAAAUGUAACACAAAGGAAAAAUUACAUUCCUGCCAUGAGAAAUGUCAAGGUGCAAAGUUCUGUGCAGCCUCUCUGCGAAUGGGAAACAGUUGUAUAUGGGAAGACAGAAGACCAAGUAAUCAUGACAGAGCAAGCAAGGAGAUACCUUGAUACCUACAAACAAGCUUCCAGCUCUGGAUUAAGGCACCUAAUUUUAUGAAUGUUGGAUGAUAACUGGUGAUGCCAGUUGCCCCCUUUUUUACACAGUGCACUAUAAUUGUUAAUAUUUUACUUAUUAAUUGUACAGUAGAACUUUGUAUUAUAUCAUAGAAGUUUUAUUUAGUAUUGCUUUAAAAAGAAACUUUAGAGGUUUUUAUAGGCUCUGUAGAUUUGAAGUUAAGAUCCAUCCUGAGCAAAACUAGAGUAUAACCAGAAAAUGUUGUCUUUAUUCAUUAGCUGGCUUAGGUGAGAACACUACAGGCAUAGUUCUCUAGGUGAGUUGUUUAAUUGUAAAAAUAAGGAUUUUUCUUUUCAACAUGCUGACAGCCACAUAAGACAUGUAUAUUUUUCUGCAUCUUCAGUACCAAAACUUAUAACAAUUUACGACAUUUUAAUGACAUAUAUAGAUUUAUAUGUGCCACAUAGGAGUGAUUUCUGCUGUAUUUGACUUUUUAGUCUGUCUCCUUGGAUUUUUUAAUACCAAAACAGAUCAUAAUUUGAAGACUUUAUAGAGUGAUUAUGGUCAGCCAGCUUCUUCAUAUGAGCCUCUUGCUGGCUAUGUAUGAGUUUGCCUAACCAGAGAGUUCAGCAACUGCCUUAUCUUUUCAUAAAUGACUUUAAAGUUAUUGGGAAAGGCUGUCAAAUAGGCUAAGAAGCUUUCUUCUUUCUGGAACCUACUCCUACUUUUCAAAGAGCAUCAAAGAUGUCUUUUGAAGCUGUUUUAAAGAGUUUUAAAAGAUAGACAAGUGAUAUCAUUUACAUAUUUACAGUAAAUCAAUAAUGAAAAAAGUCCACCUUUGUUUAAAUGUUACAGAAGGUACAGAUACAGUCAACUCCUUUAUGUAUUUAUUACGACAAAUCCUUUUGUAAUAGAUUUUCAUACUAAGACUUUUUUUAUGCUCGUUAUGUGUGUGUUUGUGGCCAAUGUCUCCAAAAGUCUGGUACUUCAUUUAGUUGUCAGGAAGGUCAAGCAGUUGCACUAAUAGAAUUCUGUACAGUGAAUAAGAACCCAGCAAAAUACUAGUGUUAUUGAUAUUUAUGUAUACAUGGGUACUUACAAUUUAGGUAACCAACAAGGGAAUUUUGUCUUUCUGAGAUAGAAUGUAUCAGUAUUUGUUUCUCAGGCUGAGAAAUGUGAUAGGAUGUUUGAAUGUAUUUUACAGGGUGUGGGAACAUGAUGAGAUUUUCCCCCUGCAUCGCUUCAUGCUUGCAGGUAUAGGCCAUUGUCUAUAUACAUGCAGGUUUGUGACCAUUUCCUUAUUGUUCCUUGUUUAGCAGCUGCUCCAGACCUUUUACAGUUCUGCCUGCUUUACAUGCAUGGCCAACAUGACAGGCUUCUAGGCUGAGCUCCAUUAACUACUGCUAAAGAGAACAUAACCAGCAUGUUUUUUUUUCUUUGCACUAUAUUUUAAAUCCUGUUUUGAAAGGUCACCACCCACAUCAAGGCAGUUAUGUUGCAUCAAGGAAACAAACCUUCUACUCUGGUAUUGUCAAUUCACUUUUCCAGAAUGCAACAUGGAGGCUCUUUUUUAUUUUUUACCUGUCACAUUUUAGAGACCAAUUCAGCUUAGGAUCUGUAUGUUUAACAUAUUUGGCCUUUCCAAGCUUUGCACGUUCGAUAAAAGCAACAACAGUUGCUUUAGUUGCCUACUAUUAGGUAUUUGCACUUAUUAUUUAUAUAUAUAUAUAUAUUUUUUAACGGAUUGUCUUGCUUGUAAUGUAGAGAAAGUACUGUAGUAUAAUGGUGCGCUUGGCAACAUAUUUGCAAACUGGUAAAUAGAAUGCUAUACUGUAGUUUGGUAUUGUAUUGUUAUUAUUUAUAAAUUUGAAGUUCCUCUCCACCUCUAAUAUAUGCUGCUAUAGACAGGAGCAGAAUGGGCUGCUACUGAGAGAUGGAAUGACUGAGCAUUACAUGCACUGUACUCCAAAAAGAAAUGGAACAGCGAUACCCUCUCAUAAAAAGAAAUAGGUUGUCGCCUUGGGUUUUGUUUAUUAUACUUUUUUAGGAAUCCUUACACCCCCAAACAGUAUCAGGGUUACACAUCACAUCUUGGACAACAAUGUAACUCUUUUCCCUAUAGAAUAUUAAACUCAUGGCCCGUUGUUAAGAGAAUACCGUCUUCCUUCUUCUGCAUUUGAUGCAUGGGCAGAUAAUAGCUUUGGAUAUACAACUUUUUAGCUCUAUAUCAGAGGCAGAAGAAUUUCCCUGAUUGAGCUUUGAUUUUUCAGUAGGGUGGGCACUUGGGCAAUUAGUGAGGCACCUGAUUUGGCUUCAUUUGUAAGGGAAUGGCAGUAUCUAUUUAAUUGCAACUCCCAGCCUGACUUUCUCUUAAUAAUAUUAAGCCUUUUUUUUUAAAAAUAAAGUUGGGUUUUCUGUUAAACUAUCAAUAAAAAUAAUGUUGGCACCAACUGCUUCCAAACAAUGUACACAGAAUUCUUAACUUUAGAAUUUCUGGGAGUAAGCUAAAAUGUUUACUUACACACAAUAUUCUCAUUAGACAUCUGGCACCUGCUUCUAGUUAAGACUUUUCUUACUUGCUUUUAUAAAUGUAUAUUGUAAUCGUUGAGCAUAUUGCCCGCCACCAAGGUUAAUGUCACAUAAAGCUAUUCCUCGAGUGUUGACUUCACAGUGACUGCUGCAGGACAGGUCAUGUUGAUAAAGUGGGUGGAAUUGCAUUCGAUUAUUUUUCUUAAUAAUAAUAAGUGUCAUAAUGUGGGCAGGCUUGUUCUGAGGGGCAGUUGUGCCUGUAUUCCAUUCUUGUAGUUCUUGCCAGGAUUUGACACUGCCACUUUUCUUUAAUAAGAUUGUUAAUACACGAGGAAUCGCAGGCUUGUGUCUUUAACUUAAUAUUAGUUUGCAGAAAUGUGUACAGUCGAGGCCUCUUCUAUGGCUUAAUGUAUGAGUUGUGUUUGUUUGUCCUCCAUAAUGCUAAACACUAAAUCCUCUAAUGUAGCAGUGAAACUUGCAUGGAAAUCUGCAAUAUACAAUAUUUAUUUCUAAACAUGUCAUACUAUUGGACACCAUAAUAGAAGUCUGCAUUUUAUGUGUGCUUUAUUUUAAGUUAGUUUUCCUUUCUAGUUCUGUUCAAAGCAAUUAGCUUAAAGCAAGCAGUCCUGUGUCUCCUUUGGGCACCACAGGACAUUGGGCAAGCAGUAUCAUUAUCUGUAUCACUGCAUUCUUUUCUUACAUUUCCCAGUUUCAUGUUCAUUCAUUUUGUUUCCAGAUGUCAUAAAAUAAAUCUAUAAAAAAGUG